AUGAGUGAGUUUAUUGGACCUUCAAGACCUCCUCCUCCUUCUUCUUCUACAACUAACAAGAAAGAGAACGAUGAUGAUGAUGUUAAACCAACUGCUGUAUCAACAACAACAACAACAACAACAACAGUGACAUCCCAAGAACCAAAGAAGAGAACUUAUGGACCAUCAUUAAAUAGUGGGGAUGAUGAAAACGACAACAACAGUAUACCAACUGUUGAAAGACCAACAAAAAGAGUAAUGGGUCCUAGUUUAUCAUUGGAUGAUGAUGAUGAUGAUGAUACUCUUAAGAACAAAGACAUAGUUAAAGAAAAUAGUAGCAGACACGUAGGUCCCUCUGUUGGACCAUCUCGGUCGGUUGGACCAUCAGUCGGACCAUCUCGAUCUGUUGGUCCAUCACGACCAAUGGGACCUUCUAUAGGUCCAUCUAGACCACAAUCAAAUAAUGACGACGAUGAUGACGAUGACGAUGAAGACAAUGAUGAAGAUGACGAUGAAAUUAAAGAACAAUGGUCUAGGUUAAGAUCACAAGACAAUUCAAACACUGGUGAUGACAAACAACAAUUAAAAGUAGAUAAAAAUGGUGAUAUUAUAAGAGAAGAUUGGAUGAAAUCAAUCCCUACUGAUAGAAAAGUUGGAUCACAAUUACAAAAUAGAAAGUUUAGUAGUAAUUCAAAUGUUAGUUUAAAUAAAACUGAUACAAGUUCAUGGACAGAGACAAGAGAAGAACAAGAAAAAAGAAAAGCAAAUGAAAUGACAUCAUCGUCAAGAGGUAAAUACUCUAAAGAAGAGUCACAAGAGAUAUUUAGAAAAAACAAAGAAAAGGAAAUUGAAGAACAAAUGAAAUCAUACAAUGACAGGAAUAGAUCAAAAUCACUAAUGGAAAUGCAUAAAGACAAAAAGAAUGAUAAAAAGUCAUCAUCUUCAUCGACACCAUCAAGAGAAUGGAAUAGAGAUAAACAAAUGGAAGUUGGUGGAAUUGAUAAAAAUCAUUUAAAUAAUAUUGUUGUUAAUGCAAAAUAUUUAAAUUCUAAAUUUGAAUCAAAUUCUUCAAAUAAAUACUUGUAA